AUGAACGGCGCAUCCACCGCCAGACACGGUAGACCUGCACCGACCGGCAUAACACCCCCAGCACCCGCUGCCGCACCCCCAGCACCACCAAAUCACGCCCACCCACCGCCUGUGGCGCGCCCGUCGAACGGCGCCGCUGUCAAUGGCACGCACCCGCCUAUCCAGAAGGGCAAGAAGAAGGCCGCAGAACAACCUGUCGACCCAUCACAAAUGUACGAGACCCUCAAGAACCGCAUCGCAGCUCUCGAGGAGGAGGAGGUCCAUGAGGAGGAGGAAGAAAGGAGAUUCACCGAGGAGGCACAGAACUCCGUCUCGGGAAUGGGGGAUAAUGCUGUACACGGGAAGUACAUCGAACUGUUCGCAGAGUUCAAACGACUGGAACGCGACCAUGCGAAAGAGAAACAGAAAUUGGUAAAGGACAAGGACGCAGCGAAGAGCCAAUUAAGCAAGGCGAACCAGACUAAGACCAAGAUGGAGAAUCUCGCUCGCGAGUUGCAGAAGGAUAACAAGAGGUUACGGGAAGACAGCAAGCGUCUCGCAACCUGUGUGGAGGAGGCCCAAGAGGAGAUCACGCAAAUGAAGAACGACAUGGCGAAGCGCGCGGAGCGGGCAAAGGUCCAGGACACAAAGUACCGCGAGAUGCCCGACAUCGUGGUGCGGGUCGUCUGCAAAUAUCGCGCAGAGCUCUACUUCAAAAUCUCUCGGAAGACGAAAUUGUCGCGGCUGUUCAACGCGUGGACGGAGCGCAUGGAGUCUGGCAUAGGAAACAAGGGUGAUGGGAAGACAUUUCUGAGCGGCGGGGGACUCGGAAGCCCACAGGUGAAUGGCACCGCGAAGUCGGACGCGGCUAGCCUUAGUUCUAGCUCCACACCACCUGCGAGUUCAAUGCAGUUCGUGUUCACCCACAGUAGCAGAUCUCUGGAAGCAGACCAAACCCCUGAGGAGGCUGGUAUUGAGGAUGGGGAUGUUAUUCUGGCUGUAGAGAUCAUGGAUCUGACGGAGGGGCCAGGGACAGAAGAGCUGGACGAGGGUGGGGAACCUCGGCGGGAGAAGUUGAAGAAGGAGUGGGCGGAAAGUCCUCAAGAAGCUAGGAAGACGAUGGAAGGCAUCUUCGAUGGCAUUGUCCGAGAGCGGAUGAAGGACGUACUACGACAGUACGAACUUCGAGAGCGGCAUUUCGAAUGUGUCGUUCGCUCGAAGGAGCUGGAGGUGCUACUUUCCCGUGCUCGAGCAGCAGAGCAAAGGCAGCUAGCCGAAGGCGAGAAGACUCGAGCUGAUAAACUGGAGGAAGAUAUUAAACAACUCCGGAAGGAUUUGGACGACGCCACAGAUCAACAGACAAUCCUGAUUAAUAAGCUUAUAGCGUGUUGCCAAGAAGAAAAUGUCGACGAUAGGACGCAAAGAAUAUUUGGGUCAUUGCGAGAAGAGCUGGAAAACCGUGCCAAUCAUAUGGCGAAUAAUGCGCCUCCCGAGGGCUCUCCAGAAGUAGGGAUCUGA